AUGACGGCGGUUAUCAAUCCACGUCCAUCAUCUUCGUCAGACCUGCCUGUCGACAACCUGCCUAAGCCCGACCUGCUCUCUAAGGUCGAAAAUGUCUCGGUCCGCAUACUCGAUGUAUGGAUGCUGAAAGACGAGGAUGGUUUCUGGACAGCAGGAGAAGAUAAGAGCCUUCGACUCUACCUUCGCCGUGAAGCCGGUGACAAGUAUUGGCCCUCGAUCAAUGAGCCUAUGGUGAUGCAGCCAACGUGUCUUCAUUAUGACGAACAAAAGCGUUUGCUUGUGGUCACCGACGACAUGAACAGUGUUCGUGAACUACGUCGGUUCACGGUUCACAGUGGCCCCGUCUCCAGCCUACAUCUCGACCCUGCACGUGGAAUUGUAUUUUCCUGCUCUCGUGACAAGACCAUCAUGUGGCACAAUUCAAAUGAGGGAAACCGGCUUGGCAGCACUUCCAUUGAUGCUUCUGCAGUAUCUAUGAUCGUCGCUGACCCAUUCAUCUUCGUUGGCGAUUAUUCUGGAAAUAUUCAUGUCCUGAGAAUCGAUGGGACACAGGCUCAACAUUUGAACAAACUUUCGGCGCACACUGGGACGGUGACAAGUUUGGCGUGGGAUCACGAGAAGCAGUGGCUGUUCAGCGGUAGCGCUGACAACCUCGUCAUCAUGUGGGAUGUCGGUGGCAAGAAAGGGGAUGCAUACGAGUUAACUGGACACACUUCGCGAAUUUCACGGAUCUGCUACUCGCAAGAAAAGAAGAAGCUUUUCACGGCCGAUGAGUCCGGAAAAAUGAUGGUCUGGGCAAUGGCGGCUACGCGGAUCGUCACCCCAGCUUGGGCUAAUUCUGAUUAUUGCCAGCUUUGUGAUGCUCCGUUCUUCUGGAAUCUGCAGGCAAUGUGGCAAAAGAAGGUUGUCGGCCAGCGCCAACAUCAUUGUCGUAUCUGCGGACAGGCUGCAUGCAGUAAUUGCUGCACCGAACGGACGACUUAUCCACCGAUGGGAUUCGAAAUUCCGGUGCGGAUCUGCAAGAACUGCGAAAAUAACAAGAGGGAGCACCCGGAACGCUUUGACUUAACGCCUCUCGCUGUGCCUUAUGAACUGAAGACGGGCGUUGUCGCAAUGCAUUUGGCAAAUGGUCAUGGAAAGAUGGUCGUCGUCGGACAGAACAAGAAAAUCUUUGUUUACAAUGUCUCUCCUGUGCUG